AUGGGCUGCCGCGAUGUCGAUGAAGUGUGGGCCCAAGCGGAAGCCAACGGCUACAGCCCAGGAGCGCAUGCAGAGCAAGAUCAGGUCCGUGGAAAAGGAAAGCACGUGAAGAAGACGAUUCGGAACCAUGAUGGGACACUCAACCGCUACGUGUUAUGGCAGCUAGGCAAGUCGCGGCGAGACGCCGCCACACGUGGCGCCCCCGCUCCCACCGAAGCAGAAAUCAGACAGAAGUACCUUGGAGAGGGCGUUGAGGCUCCCGACUUGUUGACGGUCAAAGAUUUCGCACGGUUCUACAUCGCCACGAGCCAGCCCAGGAUCGUGGAGGUCCCGACGGUGGAUGCAAUCAAUGGCAUAUUGGAGUUUUUCUUCGCGGGCUUCACUCGCGUCACAGGGACCGAGACGAAGGAUGAGGACAGAAGCGAAGUGUACAAUUGGGUGCGGAAGACCCUGACAGCCGAAGGUGUAGUGGUCAAGGCACAUUUGCCAAAGCACAACUUCACCGCCCGCGAUCUCACCCGCCUCCUCGUAACGCUCUGGACGAAGGACGAUCUGAUCUUCAUCCACGAGCGGUAUCGGAUCCAGUUCACGCUCAUCACCUGCGUCUACUGUUGGACCGGAGCUCGGCUCGGUGCCUUCUUUACGGGCGGCCUUCGAUACGAGGACAUCACCCUUGUGUUGCAGCGCACCGACGAGUUCGGGAGAUGGCGAUUCAUCUAUCGGCUCGACCAGAGAUGGGUGAAAAAUAACCGCGACCCUGAGAACAUCGUAUUCGGUACCGCGGGUAAAGAGCACGACAUAUUUAUUUAUAACGAAGCGGCUUUCUUUGCGAUCUUGGCCAUCACCGACGGUGCUCUCUUUGGGAUCAGUUCUGUCGAAGACUUAAGGGACCGGAAAAUCGCCCACGGUAAAGAUGAGGUCAUUUUGGAAUUCAACGACUCCGCUCUGAGUCAACCCAUCUUGCGGAAAUGUACCAAGAAUGGUGGAGUUACAAACGAGCCUAUGCCCAGGUCCGCGUACGAAGACAUCUUCCGGAGCACCCUGCAGAACGCGAAUUAUUUUUGUGCGGCGUCGAUGCACGCUAUCCGCCGAGCACUGGGCAAGGAAGUCGACAAGGAUUACACGCCCGUCCAGCGCUCGCAGCACCUCAUACAGGCUGACCGGGAGGUGUUCGGCGCCUAUUACAUGGCGAAUUGUUCAUCUGUCGAUGGUCAGGGUGCUUUUCUGCGGCAGCCCAAAGAUCACAGACAUAUCGAUUACUUCCAGAGUCUUGAAAAGUUCCACGAACCGGGUCUGCCGUGUAGCCUUCCAAGCCGUGAAGAGAAAAACUUGGAAGACGAUGCGCGUCUCCUCGAGCUGAAAGGCACAGUGGACAGACUCGAGCGCGAGGAAGGGAAGAAGGCCCUCGCCGUGAAGAAGGCCAAAAAGGACCUAGAGCUCUACCGCAAGAAACAGAGGAGGAUCGCCCUCCGCCGGUAUCAAAAGCAAUGGGUCCGGGAUCGCCGGAGAUGGCAGAUCCUCAGCCGGGGUAAGGAGCGGCCGAGUGACGUCCCUAAGACUGACCUUGUCGAGAGCCUGUGCCUCUUGAUCCCCGAAAGAGGCCGUCUCGCUCAUGUGAUUGCUCAAGAGGAACCCUUGUCGCGGGACUCGAUGUGGUAUGCCAUGCUCGAUCUGCAUUCGUUGUGCACUCGUGACCUCACCGUCCUCUACCUUGCGGGACUCGAGCCACGGGACGGUAAUUGCCCUAUGGAACGCUGUCGAGAGCCAUUGAAUUACCUCCCCAAGCACCGGCGCAAUCAACAUAUUCUCCUCUGCGUCCGUCAGGCAAUGGCGAGCAAACUCGAUCUCGGAGAGUUGGAUAUUCAUUACUGCCACUUGUGCUUCGAAUGGGUCAUCGGAGACGACUGGGAACCGCACUGCCAGACCCACAUUAAUGCGCUCAGCUCCAAACGGUGCGGUACCAUCACGUACUGCCACACGCUCGUUCGUCCUGGGUAUUCACCAUUCCGUCUGGGAAGCGUGGGCUCACCGGCGGCCUAUCGACUACAGUCAUGGACACGUGAUCACCAUCUGUGGGGGCACGUGAACGACUGCACGGAGGGGUGUCAGUGGCCGAUUAUCUGUCCGCACCCGCUGUGUCAGAAUGUGUCGCUGGAGGAUGACAGUGCCCUGUAUUUUCACUUCGUGGACGACCACUACUUUAGCCGCACCCGUCCCGUGCGAAAGGCUGACGAAGGGCAUCCGAAAUCUUGCCCUGGAGAUCCAUCUCUCGACCGGGAGAACGAGAUCGUUGGAUGGGCCCGUAACUGGAAGCCAUCAACGGAAGAUGGAGGUCUGAAGUGGGCCCCGCUGGAAUCCGGUCACGUCCGUGCGACCCAACGGAGAUGCUCCUUGUCUGAACCCCGACAGAAAAUGCUCUGCAACGAGACUGCUACGAUCAGCCCUCGGCUGCUGUCCAGAGUGGACCACGUUGACGACCAACCGAUUCAGCUCGAUCCCAGUUCUCCUUGCUCAUCCUCGACACACGGGCCGAGGGUGUUGGACAUGAGCGACAUCGGCUCAGAUCUCGGCUUGACCGAUAAAUUUCACGAAUGGAAUGGGCACCUGGACGAUUCUCUUUACGUGAACAACACGCGGCUUGACACCGCUGCUGAUGCGGAUAAUGACAGCGUGAUCUUCCAAUUCGUUCGCUCACUUUCACCGUCGCGCAUGUCCGCAGUGGGCGCGACCGUGGCCGACGCGACCGUGUCCGACAGCGAGAGUCCCGGUUUGGCCGUCCCAUCGCCCGUACCAUUGCCCGUGAAGCAUUUUUCAGCGCCACAGCUUGAAGGAUUGACCGACUUCCACCAAGUUCAGAGGCCUCCCGCGAGUUCGAGAGGAACCCAGAUCCGUCUCCGAGUUAAUCCUACGAAGCCCAAAAUCGUCCUGCGCCUCAGCUGUUCGACGCCGAAGCCGAAGCCGAAGCCGAAGCCGAAGGAGAAGCAGAAGCUGAAGCUGAAGGAGAGGCAGAAGCAGAAGGAAAAGCAGAAGGAGAAGCUGAAGCUGAAUGUAGGUGUGAAACGUGGUCGCAGGGGAGCUGACAAGCAGAGGGGCAAGGAGAGAGGGAAGGAGGCGGGCAAGCUGGUGGGUAAGCGGGUGAGUAGGCCGAUAGGCAAAUAG